AGGCGCGGCUCGGCCAGCGCAAACCUUGGGGCCGAAGCGCUCAUCUCUGCGCUUGUCUCGCCGCCUUUUCCCUCUUUUUCUACGCCAACCCUCUCAAGGGCUCACCAUUUCCUCCUCCACUCUCUUUCUCCCUUUCUCUCUCUCACUCACAAACCACAAUGAAGAAGAAAAAAUGCUCUUCUCCUCUUCUUCUCCUCCCUCUCCUCCUCCUUUUCUUCUUCUCCCUCUUCCCUUCUCCCACUCUCUCCGCCGCCUCCGACGGAGACCGCGUGGCCAUGGUCGACAUUGCCGAGAAGCUCACCAACCUCCCCUCUUCCUGGACGACCGACUCAGAUCCCUGCCAGUGGGCGGGGGUCAACUGCAGAUCUGGCCGUAUCGCCACCAUCAACCUUGCUCUGAAGGGCGUCGCCGGCACUCUCUCCAGCUCCAUCUCCAAGCUUUCCUCCCUCACCAACCUCCAGCUCCAGCAGAACCAGAUCUCAGGUCCGCUCCCUUCCCUCGCCAAACUCUCUGAGCUCGAAAUUAUCACCCUCGACGGCAAUGCCUUCUCCUCCAUCCCUAAUGACUUCUUCAGUGGACUCUCCGCUCUUCAAUCAGUUUCUUUAGACGAUAACCCGCUCGCACCGUGGGUUAUUCCGGCAGAUCUAGCCGACUCUAUCAACCUUGUGAGGUUCUCCGCUUCUAAUACCAGUAUUAAUGGCGAGAUCCCGGAGUUCUUUGGUACGCUUGGGAGUUUGCAAAGCUUGAGGAUUUCUUACAACAAUAUGACCGGCGGACUACCGGAUUUGUUUCGUGGAUCCAGCAUUCAAAAUCUUUGGCUCAACAAUCAGCAGUCUCCUACGAAGUUUUCCGGGUCGAUUGAUGUGAUAGGGUCGAUGACCCAACUUUCUUUGGUUUGGCUGCAAUCUAACAGCUUCACUGGACCUAUCCCAGAUCUUUCCAAGCUCAGCUCAUUGGCCUCUUUCAAUGUCCGUGACAAUUCCCUGACUGGACUCGUGCCGCCAUCCCUCACCUCCUGCCCAACCCUCAAGAAUGUUUCAUUGUCGAAUAAUCAGUUGCAGGGCCCGUACCCGAAGUUUGCUGCUCGAGUGGAUGCCGACAUUGACAAGGGCAACAAUUUCUGUAACUCGGCCCCCGGGUCUUGUAAUGCGAAGGUGACAAUGCUGCUUGCGGUCGCUGAAGGUUUUGAGUACCCAUUGAAUCUUGCGAACUCCUGGAUGGGGAAUGACCCCUGUGGUGGUAAUUGGUUUGGUGUGAACUGUGAUAACCAAAACAACAUCAUAGUCCUUAAUUUUGCAAACCAGCAUUUUGAAGGCAUCAUCUCUCCUGACAUUGCUAAUUUCACCUCACUGACAAAGCUGAUCCUGAGCAACAACAAUCUCAGUGGCCCGAUCCCGGAUAGUUUGAAGGGGCUGCCUAAUUUGCAGCUUCUUGAUGUUACCAAUAACAACCUUUCAGGAAUUGUACCAGAUUUCCCAAAUCAUGUUACACUGAAGCUAAAAGGCAACCAUUUGCUUGGGAGUAGUUCAGGUUCUGGAGGAGGUUCCUCCUCUUCUUCUUCUCCUUCAGAUGGGCCAUCUGAGUCUCCAUCUGCUGGAGACCAGCCUACAGGGUCAAAGUCGUCGGGAGCUCUGAUUGCAGGAAUACUUGUAGCUGUUCUGAUUCUUAUUGCUUGUUUCCUGGCUUUCUUUUAUUCUCUUUACAGAAAAAAGCAUGCCCAGAGAUUUGGCCGGGUUCCUACAGGAAGCCCUCCAAAUGAGCCAGAGUCGAUUAAGACAGGAGUCAUGGGCACAGAAAUGGGUGUACUUAACAGCCAAAGUGGCACCGGGAGUGCUAAUACCUAUAUGGUUGAUCCUCAAGGCAUGCACAUGUCAAUCCGAUCACUCCGCAGGGCCACAAAUAAUUUUAAUGAAGAAAACAUUUUGGGCAGGGGUGGAUUUGGAGUGGUCUACAAAGGGGAGCUUAAUGGCACCUUGAUUGCCGUGAAGAGGAGUCGGGUUGAUUUGACAGGUACGAAAGGGAAUGAUGAGUUCAAAGCAGAGAUAGAUGUUCUUAGUAAGGUCAGGCACCGGCACUUGGUUGCUCUUUUAGGAUAUUAUGAUGAUGGCAAUGAGAGGCUUUUGGUCUAUGAGUACAUGCCAGGAGGAACACUGGAGCAGCACCUGUUUGACUAUAAUAAAAUCAGGUGUUCUCCUCUUACUUGGAAGCAGAGGCUCACAAUAGCUCUGGACAUGGCUAGAGGAGUAGAAUACCUACAUAGCUUGGCCCAGGAGAGUUUCAUUCACAGGGAUCUAAAGCCUUCAAACAUACUCUUAGAUAAUGAUAUGAGGGCUAAGGUUUCAGAUUUUGGAUUGGUCAAGCAUUGUAUAGACAAGCAAAAGUCUAUGAUGACACGAUUGGCAGGAACCUUUGGAUAUCUUGCGCCUGAGUAUGCUAGUACUGGAAGAGUGACGACCAAAGUAGAUGUUUAUGCGUUUGGAGUGAUACUAAUGGAGCUGAUUACUGGACAGAAAGUGCUUGAUGACAGGCGCCCUGAUGACGACUCCAGUUUGGUACCUAUCUUUCAUAGAAACAUUCUUAACAAGGAUGAGUUUCUGAAGUCAUGUCCAGAUCCUAAUCUCGAGCUCGACGAGAAAGCUUGCAGAAGCUUAAUGGAAGUCGCAGAACUCGCGAGAUAUUGUACAGCCCGUGAGCCUUCUCAUAGGCCUGACAUGAGCUACGCUGUGAAUAAGCUGGCUCCUCUGGUGGUGACGUGGAAGCCCACCGCCGGCAAUGAAGGCAGAGGUGAUGUUUCAUCGUUGUUCUAGCCCUGGACCUGGGGAUAGUGCAAUGGCGGCAACAGAUAAUGGAACUGUGCAAUAGAGGUUCGAGCAUUAGAGCUUUUUAGAAGCUUAUUACUAAGGGUUUCUCAAGAAAUGUUUUGAGAAAGGCUCUCAAUUCUUGUUUGUUACUUGUUCAUAUGUCUGCUUCAACUGCCUAUGGAUGCUUCUUGUGAGAGGGGGAGUUUCUGUUUCCAAUUCUUUUCUGUUUCUUUUACUUUCUUCCUUCGUCCUGCUACUCUUAGAGUCAAGAGAUUGUUCCCUUACACCUUGUAAACAAAAUGGAUAGAUUUCUGGCUUCUUGCUGACUAUGAAAAAAGACGGGAUUCUGAUGA